CUCUGACCAAAGUUUGACUUCAUAAUAAAAAAAUAUAAUGUUAUGAUUUUCCUUUCGUAUUGUUGAGGCAUCUAUUACUUCACAAAGUAGAAGUAUACAACAUGCCCCUCAUGUUUAGUAGAUGGUACAAUCUUGGCGCGGGGUCUUUGUUGGCGCGUUCCUAAGCGUUCCAUUCAAAUGUUAUGCUCUUGUCAACUUUACUGUUAAGGAGUCAAUAGUGUGAUUAGUUUUUCUGCUGUUUUUAUUGGGUUUUCUUUUUAAUAAUGUCAUUUUUGCGGGAAAAUACCAGUAAUGGCGAGAACGAUCGCCGACAUUUCAGAGGGCCCCCAUCCCGAUGGUCUACAGGCAGAAAGCGAGGGGCAGACGGUAAAGUGCGAGAUAAAGAUGAUCCCGAUUCCACUGUGUUUGAUGAAGGAAGCAAGAGUCAUAAUACAGAUACACGACUUUCUAGUUUUACAACCCCCGAAACCAAUACAGCAAUCUCGAGAUGCUCAAACUGGGGAGAUGAAGUGGAAGAGGAAGAAAAAAGAACAAAUCUUGACAGGGAGAUUUUGAGAUACAGAAGACGACUCUUAAUUCGUGAUUUUGGUGACAGAGGCAACAGAUCAUCCUCUGAAAGCUCUGAUUCAAGGGAAGGUGCUGAAAUCGAAACAGAUGAAAAUGUACUAUUAAGAAGACAGAAGCAAAUAGAUUAUGGCAAAAACACUAUAGCAUAUGACAGAUACAUCAAGGAUGUUGCCAAAUAUCAUCGAAAACCAGGGGUCCACCCCCGAACUCCUAACAAGUUUAAGAAGUAUAGUCGCCGAUCCUGGGACCAGCAAAUCAGGCUGUGGAGGAUUGCUUUGCAUGCUUGGGACCCUCCUCAAGGCGAAGAUAGCAGUCUACAACCAGUGGAAGAGCUUGAGCUAGAUGAGGAGAUGGAGACUGUGUCUGUUCCUAACAGCUUUGCAGAAUCACUGGACCCGAGUGAAGUGCAUUCAUCAGCUUGUCAUCAGGAUUCUUAUUCUGGUACUCCGACAAAGGUCAGACGCCUUGAUCAUAUGGAUGAUGAUUUUAACUUGGAAGCAUGUCUAGAUGACUCAGAAGAUAAGGACUCGUCCAGCUGGCUGCAAGAAUAAUCUGAACAUUGCCUCCUUUUUUAAUGGAAUUGAACCUAGAGGCUGUAGGCAUUUUCUCAUUGGAGAGCAGCUUCUCAUUGUGAUUUUUACCCAUUUCCAGUCUCCAUAACAGACCAUUUGUAGAACAGGCUAUUUGACUUGAGAUUGGUGGGCCUGAAUCAUACCACCUUUUGUUAUGGAAUACAGUUAAGAAGAUGCUCUUGUUAACGAUACCCUGGAUUUUGACUGCUUCUCAGCAUCUCCAGUCUGUUUCUAGCUGGAAGUACUUGGAGUUAUGCCUUCUUGCAAAUGUGAUGCAUUGAUUUUAUUAUUGGCAAGGAGAUAAAACGUGACACUCAAUAUUAAGAUUUUAUUUUGGCAUUUUUAUACAAAAAUUGGUUUGGAAACUGGUUAAAAGAUUGCGUUGUGUGAAAUAUUUUUUCUGCUACUUGCAGUGGCAAACCCAUUUUGAAUAGUACUUAUUUCCAGGUUACAUACUUGGAUCACUGUGCAGUCAGUCAUAUGACUAGAGGGAUACAAGGUACAGUGGCUGUUUGCCAUACUUGUGUAUGUAUUUAUCCUUGUCCUCUACCUCUUUGGUGGCGUUUUUCCAGAAGUCCUUUUCAAAAAUGGCAGGAAAGGUUAAAUGGAGAGUUUUUCAUUUAACUGUAACUAGUAUCUAAGCUUAGUGUGCUGUAGUUAAUGGGGGGAAAAAUCAGAACAUUUGAGUCAGAACUUUAUAUUAACAUAGUAAUGUGGCUUCUUUAUCAGGGCAUGUAACCAUGUACAGGUUGUUUUUGGCAGGGCAAAUGCAUUUUUGUUGCUUCAUGUUUGUAAGACUCCAAGAAAGCACUGCUUUCCAGUUUGACUGAGUUUUUCUUAUAGCAAUGCCAGAAGUCUCACUACACUACACUAUCUCCCUUGGUAUAGAAGACUAAAAUAUAGCAGACACAAUUCCAUAUUACCUUGUUUGCCACACUGGCUUGUCGAAUGAUCAUUCUGUGCUAACCACAUUAGACAUCUGUCAUUGUGUGCUUUUUCUUGGCCAAAAAAAUGCAGUUUUUAAAUUUGUUCACUGCUGUUUUUCUUAAUUUUGAGUAUGGAUCAGUGGUGGUGGUUCUGAGUUCUCAAGGUUAAUGGCAGUCCUUUAGUAUUCAUGACCUUGCCUUCUUUUAUUGGCUGAAUGUAGCUCAUGGUAUCUGGAAGCCUGUGCAUAUGUAAUUGUAGAUGUUUAAGUAUGUUCUCUGUUGUAGUAGUUUUCUGCCCUCCACCUCUGUGCUUAAUCUCUCCCCGUUCUGUAAUCUAAUAGCCUAAUUGAGUACUCAGAGCCAUUUGUAGAUGUUUGCAGUAAGGAUUGUUGCAGUAGGAAGCCAUAAAAUUUAAUGAUUUGCUGAACAUAGCCAUGAGACAGAGAAAGCAAAAGCCACUCUGCCCCUUCUUAGUUUCUGCAAUUUUAAGUAGUAAACUUUACUUUUGCCUCCUGCCCUGUGUCUUGGUGGCAAAGAAGCUUAAUUUACUGGUAUGCAUGUACUUGUCUGUACUGUGGGACUUGACUAAUGGCACUGUUGCCUGUGACCCAUCUCCUUAUUUCCUCUAGGUGCAAGUGCCAAGAGUGAGACUUUCUUAAACCGUGUAAGAGUGCACUCAUCCAUUCCUGGUUGGGUGCUUGAUUUGGCUCAGUUGCUGUGCAGAUGAGAGCUAGACAUCAAGGGAUUAUCUAGUUUGCAGGUUCCAUGGAGGUCCCCUACUUCAUCACUUCUCACUCCUGUCUGUAGGUGGCUAGUAUAUUCCCAGUGGCUGGCUGGAUGGGAAUGAUACACUACACCCACCCACAUCAUCCCGGACUCUGCAGUCAUGUCUCUCAACAGUGAGCCUGCUUUGCACUUCUCCACAAGCCUACCCACCAGUAGAGGACACCCAUGUGUCAGGCAAAGUACCCCCACCCCUUUGCCAGGAUAGUUGAGUUGUUUUGGCUGCUGAAGCUCAUCCUCCACGCUUUAUGCUAAUGAAAUAAUGGGAUUGCCUGGGUUGUAGUUGGGGGGGGGGGGUGUCCCUAUAAUACAACAGGGGCUAGGCAGUGCCAUUGAUUCUUGCAGAGGGUUUUUUCUUGAUUACCAUAACAUAGUUGUCAGGAUUGUACACAAUGUUUAUCAAACUUUUAGAAAGCAAGCUUUUCUUGAGCACAUUUGUCUUGGUCCUGUUUUAUUCUUCUAAUCAGAAAUAACAAAGCAUCCAGAAAGUAAAAAUUCAAGUGGAAGUUUCUUUAGGUUCUUGGUUGAACAGGAGGUGGCAGUUGAGGUUCAAGCUUAACUAGUGACAACAUCCUUCAGUAGUUGAUACACUGAUGCAUGUUACUCCAGUCAGCAGAACUGUCCACUCUGGUUACUGAUCUCCCCACUGGUGUAUUGCUUGUGUAGGAUUCCAGAUAACAUGCAUUGAUAAAGCAAUCAGUUUUCAUCACCAAGAUGUCAAUCAGGUGACACCCAAAGAAUGGGUAUUUGUUCCUUCUCCAUAUAUUGUUGAGGUCACAUAAGUGACUGUGGGGAUCUACAUCUUCAUCAGAUUUUUUAUUUUUUGUGUGGGUAUUUCUGUAUUUCAGUAAUGGUUAUUUGUUGGACCAGAGACCCAGUUUUUCCUCUUGGGUGUGUACUGCCUGGAUGCUCAGGGAUUUUACACUUGUUCCCCAGAUUGUUGGACACUUCUACUUUUUGUGUUAAAUUUGUGUAAAAGUAUUUUAAGGCUAAUGCAACAGGUAUUAGUAACACCAUUAGCUCGCAAACCUUACAGUUCAGGAGGCUUCAAAGGCAGAGACCCUUGCCACCAUGCUAAUAGUCCUUGGUCUAGGAAAUGGUGUUUCGGCUUAAACUGAUCAUAUUGUUAAAGCCCUUCUGGGCUUAAAUAACUCUGCAGUUAAGUUUCUUCAUCUAUGCUGUUGCCAGUCAGGUUCAUAAAUAAACUCUUGUAUUGACUAGGUGCAUUAUUAGGGUGAAAAUUUUCAUCAUAUGGAGGAUCUUGCUCAAGGGGUUUUAGUUUCCUAAAGUACAGUAUUAGUUUGCCUAAACUGCAAAUUAGUGUAUGGGUAUGACAGCAGAAGCCAAUUAUAAGGCAGUUGCUUCAGAAUACAAUUUUUCAGAUUUCUUUGGCUGAGAAUGAACCUUUUUCUGGGGAUAUCAUAGUAGUUGCUAGUUCCUUUGGUUAAAGGUCUUUUUGCCCUUUCCAUCUGAUAGGUGGUAUAAUGCUAAACAAAUAUUUAAUUCCCGCCCAAAACAUUUCAAGAAAUGCUACUGCAAGCCUUGGCUGUUCUGUAGGAAACCGACCAGAAGAUCUUUUUGGACAAAAGAAUGUUCAGUAUAAGCUGUAGAAUUUGGCUCAUUAUUGUAACCCACAUCUUUGACUUAACUCUGGCUGUAUUCAACAGUAGUUUGAAAGUGUGGGUUUAUCUAAACCUCAGAUGUGUGCCUAGGAACGUUGGAAUAUUUUGGUGAUUCCCAGCAGCCACUUUUUUGCUUUUUGUUUAAAGCUGAAGGACUAACCAAGAAAUGUGGUCCACUGAAGUUUAGACCUUGCUUUUUUGUGUAGUUCCUCCUGUAGAGGAAUAGGCCAGACCAACACUCGAGUGCAUCUUCUGUUUCUCCUGUAUAAGCAUCUCAAUAUGCUGCUUAAAACUGUAUUUAAAGUAAACUUUCAUUCUAAGCUUUCGAGGCAUUGAUUUGGUGGUAUCCACUUGGGAUUUGAGAAUUGUAAUCGCAAACUAAUGUUCAUCUUUUUGGAACCUCCACAGUAUAUCUAACCUCAAGUAAGGAAAACAUGGCCUGUCAUCUUAGCCAGAAAGAUUUCUAAACUGCAAGUUGUAAAGGACCAAACUCUGGAUGUGGUUUAAUGUAGAGCAAGCACUUGUUUUAUGCUUUAGGUAGUCCCUGGCAAAAAAGUUACUGAAUUCUGCAUUUAAUGGGUGUAUUGUACUGAACAGGCUUCAUUUUUCCUUUAGUGACCAAGCAUAAAAUUUCAUAAAAUGGAACUUUUCCAAGUAGUUUAAUAUAGUUACCUUUUUGUAAUGGGGGAGCAAGACUUGGAGGUUAAGGUGAACUAGUGUCUGGAAGGUUGCUACUUGGACACCCAGUCGCACAUUCUGUCAACAUUCAAAGCUUUGUCCAGUGAAAGUGCUGCAGCAGUAGUAGUCAUAGGGUAUUCUGUCUCCACCCUACUUUUGUAGUUCAUAUGGUAGAUGUAUACAUUUAUCAUUUCAGACGUUGAGCUGGUAUUUUUGAGUGCUUACUGUUCAUGGUUGCACUCCUUUUAUACUUUUGAGAAUUUGCAUAUGAACUGCCUUCAGGCUUUUAAGUCAGUCUUCCGAAGGAGUAUUUGUCAUUUCUGGUGUGAGGAAGAGAACUCUGUAGGGCACAUGGCCUCUCUUACAGCAGGCUCCCUUCAUCUACCGCUCUGAAAUUGCUGUCCAGUAACCCUAGGGGAAGUUGAGUGAUCUGUUCAAAAGACAUUCAGUCCCAUUAAUGUGAAUUCCUGCAACACUCCUAGCAUUUGAACAUUUAAUUUAUGCUUGCAUAUCUGUACUGUCCAGAUAGGAAAUGGUCGCAGUUUGAGCUUUUGAGUUUUCUCCAUAUUUUAGUCUAGUGUAGUCUGGUGAUUUUUGGCUCAACCAUAGAGAAUUGUGAUAGUGAAAAUAAGCCUCCCACUUUUGAGCAAGAAAUUGGCUUAAGAAUAUUCUGCCACCUUUUUGUUUCCAAGCCACCACCCCCCCCCCCCCACAGUUCUUGAUCGGGUGGUGUACCAUUUGGGGGUACAUGUGGUUAGUUUUUUGUUUUUUUACACUUUUGUUGCUUCAGUCAUUCAGGAAGGAUUACAUGAUGGCUCAAAGACUGUACUUUGUGAUCAACAUAGCUUUAAUGAGAAGAUCUUAAACCAGCAUAAAAAUUUGUGCAGCACUUUCCUAGCUUUAAAGCGUGUUCUGAACCCAGUGUUCAUAAAGUUGCAUGUUAAGAGGAUUUGGCAUUUUAGACAGAAAUCGUGCUCUUAAUAUGGGAAUGUUGUAAAUGGUAGCAUUAUUGUAAAGAAUUUUGUAACUUUGUAUUUUAAAAGUGUAUUGUGAUGAAGAUUGUUAAAAUUGCAGAGCUAUUGCAAUAAAUUGUGAAACUUG